AUGGCUUCAUUCCAACCUCUUGAACCUCGAGAGGAAGAUGAACUUCACAAAAGCCGUCUCCUAAAUGUCGAAGAGAAACCCUUCAAACGUAUCACCAAACGCCUUCUCGCCCCAGGCUCCCUUGUUUCCACACCAAGCAAAUUGCCCACUCCACCACCCGACAAUGUGGACGAAGGAGCUGCGGCCCAAGAGGUGGAGGCGGAGCGCCAAAAACAAUUAGAAGACCGUCGACAGUUUCGCGAAGAUAUCCUCCUCGACUUUGCCGCGUUCGACAGCAGCAUUGCGCGAAUUCAAUUCCUGUACAACAGUAACGAGCGCGAGCGCGAACGGUACAAGGCCGACAAACGGCGGAUAUUAGACACGGCUCAGGCAGUGCGAGAUAAUACUACGCAGCUGAGGAUACAACUUGAGGAGGCGAAGAAGACGCUAGAGCAAAGAAAGAAGUUUGAUGAGUUGACCGAGAAGAUUACGAAUAAUAAGUUGUUACGACCCAGGGGAGAUCAGGAAAUCAACCUUAGGAAAUUGGAGGAGGAAUGCAGAGAGUUGGAGAGGGAAAGUGCUGCGUAUGCGGAGACUUGGAAGGAGCGGAGAGAGCAAUUUGGGCGGAUUGUGGAGGAGGGUAUGCAGUUAAGGCGACUUAUCAGGGACGAGAAGGAAGAAGUUGAGCGACGAGAGGGUAUGGAUGGCGGCGAAGAGGAUGGAGAGGUGGGUGAAGAAUCCGGCGGUAGUCCAACGCCAAAGCAUACCAGUAUCAGUGGGAACGCGACGCCCAAGCCUGAUGCUCCGGGCCACAGUAGUCUUGAUACAGGCUUGAAGCCAAGACCACUCCGUUCUGGGUCUUUGUCGAGGGCAACAAGCAGGGGGCCAUCGCCCGAUCCAUCAGACCGACGAAGAGAGGGAUCUACCAUGCGGGAAGAUUCAGUAAUGUCGGAAGUGGGAACGAAGACGAUAGAUUCGAACGCUACAGCGGAUACGCCAAUGGCUGAGGUAGAGACCCCGAGAGUGACUGUUAACGAGCCAGCCUCCGAUAGCCAAGUAACAGCUGAGGAAGGCGAGGCUGAAGACAAGAUGGACACAACAUAG